GAGGAGCACGGAGACACGACAGAAGAACAGAAAUAAGAAGAUGAAGAGCUUAGUGGCUUUGUCAGCUUUAUCCCUCUUCUACCUGUGUGUUGCUGACAUCCAGCAGCUGGAUGACCAAGCACCAACCAUCAAGGCAGCUCCCUCUGGUGAUGCUGUCACUUCUGAGAGGCAGAACAACCAGUGCGAGUUCGUUGUCGUCUUAAGACAACUGGAGGCAGAGCUGAGAAACACUCAGGAACAGCUGGACAAUCUGAGAUCACAAGUCGAAGGAGGUCGGGUAGCAUUCGGAGCUUCCAUCGGCAGUGUUGGAACAAUCGGACCAUAUAACGCUGAGAUCACACUGACCUACCAGAAUGUCUACACCAACACAGGCGCAUACAACCCUGCAACAGGUAUUUUCACUGCUCCUGUCAAAGGAGUCUAUUACUUCAGCUUCUCUGGCCAUAAUUCAUCUUCUAAAUCUAUGGGGCUGCGGCUGAUGAAGAACGGAGGGCAGAUGGUUACUGUGUUCAACCACGUCGCUGGAAAUCGCCCUGAAACUGCAACGAAUGGUAUGACUCUGCAGCUUGAAGUCGGAGAUCAAGUAUACAUGAGGCUCAGGCAAAGCACCUGGAUUUUUGAUAACGGCAAUAACCACAGCACCUUCGUCGGCCAUUUGUUGUUUCCUCUGUGAAGAAUGAUCUAUUGGCAAAGAGAUGUGGCAGCAUUACAAAUAAAUAAAUGAAUUAAAUAGAGUGAGUAUCUACUGCCAUGUUGGCGGUCGUGUCACAAUAGAAAAUGAUGAAAUAGACAAUGUGAAUCAGUAUACAAAUUAAUUCAGAUUUAAAUGGAUUGGUGUGUGCAUGCUUUUUAUGUGUUUUUAUUAAUAAAGAUGAUAUUGCUAAAAAAAAA